AUCAGGUGGCACUCUGGACAUGGCCUCAGAGAUGCACAUGCCAGGCCCAGAGUGCCUUAUUGAGAACAUUAAUGAGCGACUGUCAGUUAAUCCAGAAAUUGUGAAGAUCCUGUCUGCCAUUAAGCAGCCCGUUCUGGUGGUGGCUAUCGUGGGCCUCUACUGCACAGGCAAAUCCUACCUGAUGAACAAGCUGGCUGGGAAGAAAAAGGGUUUUUCUCUGGGCUCCACGGUGCAAUCUCACACGAAGGGCAUCUGGAUGUGGUGUGUGCCUCAUCCCAAGAAGCCAGUACAUACUCUAGUUCUGCUUGAUACUGAGGGCCUGGGAGAUGUGGAGAAGGGAGACAACCAGAAUGACUCCUGAAUUUUUGCCCUGGCCAUUCUCCUGAGCAGCACCUUUUUAUACAACAGCAUGGGAACCAUCAACCAGCAGGCCAUGGACCAGCUGCACUAUGUGACAGAAUUGACAGAUUGAAUCAGGGCAAAAUCCUCACCUGGUAAACGUGAGGCCAAAGACUCAGCUGACUUUGUGAGCUUCUUUCCAGACUUGGUGUGGGCUCUGAGAGAUUUCUCCCUGGAGCUGGAAGCAAAUGGGCAACCCAUCACUGCUGAUGAGUACCGGAAGCUUUCACUGCAGCUAAAGCAAGGUACUGAUAAAAAAACUAAAAGCUUUAAUGAACCUUGGUUAUGUAUCCGAAAGUUCUUCCCAGAGAACAAGUGCUUCAUCUUUGACCACCCUUCUCAGAGGAAGUACCUCACCCGCCAGGAGCAGCUACAGGAGGAAGAUCUGAACCCUGAAUUCAGAGAACAAUUUGAAGACUUCUGCUUCUACAUCCUCAGCCAUUCCAAGGCCAAGACUCUCUCAGGGGGCAUCACAGUCAAUGGGCCUCGUCUAGAGAGCCUGGUGCUGACCUACAUCAAUGCCAUCAGUAGUGGGGAUCUGCCCUGCAUGGAGAAUGCAGUCUUGGCCUUGGCCCAGAUUAAGAACUUGGCCGCAGUGCAAAUGGCCAUUGCCCACUAUGACCCAUGGAUGGGCCAGAGGGUGCAGCUGCCCACGGAAACCCUCCAGGAGCUGCUGGACCUGCACAGGGCCAGUGAGAAAGAGGUCACUGAAGUCUUGAAGAACUCUUUCAAGGAUGUGGACCGAGUGUUCCAGAAAAAAUUAGGGGAAGGGUUAGAAGCAAAGUGAGAUGACUUUUGUAAGCAGAACAUGAAAGCAUCCUCAGUUUAUUGCAUGGCUUUAAUUCAGGAUAUUUUUGGCCCUGUAUAUGAAGAUGUGAAGCAAGGAAUAUUUUCUAAACCAGGAGGUUAUCAUCUCUAUUUGAAGAAGCAGGAGCUAAAGAAUAAGUACUACCAGUCCCCCAGAAAGGGGAUACAGGUAAACUACCUACUGAAAGAGACACUGAAGAAAUAUUUGGAUUCCAAGGAAGAUGUGGCUGAUGCACUUCAACAUACUGAUCAGUCACUUACGGAAAAAGAAAAAGAGAUUGAAGUGGAAUGUAUAAAGUCUAAAUCUGCAGAAGCUGCAAACAAAAUGUUGGAGGAAAUGCAAAAGAAGAAUGACCAGGUGAUGCAAGAGAGAGAAAACGGUUAUCAGGAACAUGUGAAAGAACUGACUGAGAAGAUGGAAAAGGAGAGGGCCCAGUUAAUGGCAGAGCAGGAGAGGGUUCUAGCCCUAAACUUCAGAGCCAAACAUACCUAAGUGGCCUUACAGUCUUCAUCUUGAAACACACGUCUUUAUACCCUCAUUGACAACAACAAAAAGUUAAUGAAAACAGAAGACAGGAGAUCAAGAGAGUCAGAAGAAGACCAAGAGUGAUACAGAAAAAGAGAGAAAUUUCUUGGAUCCAGGUAACUGAGAAAGGAUUAACUUUAUCUGGCCUUAGGUCAUGUGCUCAAUCUCCCCCUAAAUCAAUCUCGGUGGCUCAGGAAUUAUGAGGUCACGCUAAUUUUCCCAGCUUGGGUUUGUCUUGAAUCUGCCAAGUUUCAUCUCAAGAUUCUAGAAAAAUCUGUCCCCAAUAUUGUUGCAUAUACUUUUAGAAUUAUAACAUGCUUUACACCUUCAAAUAGGGUAUCAUUCUAUUUUACAGAAUAAGCUUAGGGCAAUCUGGCUAAGGAUUAUUAUACUUUUCUAGCUGCUUUUGAAGCU